AUGCCAGGAUUAGUAGAACUGGUAGAGUGCCCAUACAAUCGAUCUCAUCGGAUCAUGCCGCAAUCCAUGCCGAAGCAUUUGUUCAAAUGUCGAAAAAAUUAUCCUAAAGUGAAGUUGGUAAGUUGUCCUUUCAAUACGGCUCAUAGAAUUUCAUCUCUGGAGAUCAAACUUCAUACGGAGCACUGCACUGAUCGUGGCACAUUUGAGUUGUAUAAGUACUGCGUUUCUAGCCUACCCUCUAAACAAGCUAGUCAGUAUCAAGACCAACUUCCAAGCUUGCAACUAGUGCAUGAUAGUGAACCGAGCAUCCCUGUUCCAGAAUUGAUCUAUCACAACGAUCUUCCGAGCAAUGAAACUGGCAAAACCUUGAUGGAUGACGACGAAUGCUGGGAUGACAGCAAUGUAUUAGCAUACAAUCCACAAGAAUACUGCAAAAAUGCGAAGGUAAUUCGAAAAGCUACACUAUUGAAACCAUCAGAAAAACGGGAGUUCUAUCGCAAAGAACAUAUACGUCUGAAACAGCUCAAUAAACAGACAUUAAACACUGAAGAUGUGAACAACGGUUUAGAUUACGUAACAAAUUUAUUAUCUAGAAAGUUGACGAUGAUUUGA